AUGAGUUCAAUAUAAAGACAACCUCGUAGUCGUAUAUUCGAAUAAGAUUCAUAGAGACCAUCUGACAGACCAAUUACUCCAUCAUAAUAAUAAUCAACCAAUAAUAAAAUUAGACAAUUAACACACAAUACUCAAUUAACUACCCCUAUUGUUUAAUGUCAUUACCACCCUGAUUAAUUUAUUCAAAACUUUUGUAAACAUCUGUAUCAAAAUUUUUAUCAUUUCUAAGUGACUGUUUGCUUCCUCUUUGUCCUGCUUGUGUAAAUAUUCAUUAAGAAGAUCAUAAUAACUAACAGUAUGCUCCAACAUUUGAUCAUCUUUCAACUUGUUUGACAGAAUAAUAGAAUAAAAUUGUCGAUAUAUGCAAUUUGCUGGCUGAUGAUAUACAAAAUGUAACAGAACUAAAAACAAUUAUCAAUGAGCAUCAUAAAACUCAGAAAAAUAAAUUUCUUGAAGCCAAAGAAAAGCUAUAUUAGUCUAUUGAUAAUUAUUUAUCAACACUCGAAAGUACUCUCAAUACUCAAUCACAAAAACAAAUAGAUUAUUUACUCAAUUAAGUCAACUAAUUUCAUCGAUUAUCCUAUGAAAGAUGGAACCACUUGUAAACAAGAUUGUAGAAAUUGGAUUCCGACAAAUGUUUAAAGACUCUGAUAAAAUGUUAUAAACAAAGUAAACCUGAAGAUAUAUAUUCUCAAUAACAUGAGAUGUCUCUUCAAUUUACGGAUUAAAUCAAAGCGAAGUUGAAUCAAAUAUAAAUAAACCCUACAUCAUUAUAAAAUAUCAUGGACUAAUUGCAUUUGUACAUUCAACUUGUGACCGAACAACAAAAUUAGCCAUUAUCUUAACAAAUAAGAAAGAGUUAUAGACCAAGCAGUUAAUAGCAUGCUGUCUCUACUUCUCCAAUAGAUGCAAGGAUAAAAGAAAAUCCUAUCUAACAAAGAUAUGUAAUUCCAAGAAAUAAGGUUGAAUUAUCAAUUCCCCAAAUUUAAUAAGGCUUUCUACCAUAAUCGUAAGGAGGAAUCAAUUAUUUUAAUUAGGCCAUCGUACCUCUAAAUGUGUAAUAGACAUCAUUAAAUAAUAUCCUUCCUUUGCCAUUUCGGCCUUCGGUUUCUGUAAAAUAAAUAAUAAAUCAAAUUCCAUAAACCAAUGCAUUACAACGUGUAAUGUAGAUUCAAGUGAAUAAAAAAGGAGAAGUGAUAAAUUUAAAAUCGAGUAGACCUCGGUUGAAGACGACUGAAAAAUAUCAAAAUAGAAUCUUUAAUGAGAAUGAUUUCUCUCCAAAAUUGAAUAUGACUUGA